AUGAGGUCAAGUUUUGGGUAUUGUUUGUUCAGAAGGAGAUUUCAUUCUUUGUCCGUUGUUCAAGCAGCCCUUCCGGACAAAUUGAGAACUAUCGACAAGUUUGACUUCAAACAUUUUACCCACACUAUAGGGGAGGUCAACAACGCAUACACUGAUCUUUUGGAUAGUAAUGUCACACUUAAUGGAUGGGUAGAUGGGUCUCCGAGGAAGAUAUCAAAAAAUCUUGUAUUUGCCAAAUUCAGAGAUUUCAAUGGUGAUUUUACGCAAAUUGUCACCAAAUCCGAAGAUUGGAGUAAACGUUUACGCACGUUGAAACCAGAAGAUGCAUUAUCUGUCACCGGAAAAAUUUGUAUAAAAAAGCAGAAAUCUCAAGAGGAAAGAGAAACUUGGGAACUUUCUAUUGAAAAGUUUCAGAUACUGAAUGACUCCAACGAAAAAGCGACGCAAUUGGAUUCGUUGAAAGAAACACCUAAUCAGUUUCCAGCAGAAUACAGAUAUUUACAAUUAAGGUUGCCUUACUACCAAAGAGCGUUGAAAAUGAGAGCACAUGCAGCACGUGUGGCUAGAUCUGUUUUAGAUGAAAUGAACUUUACUGAAAUUGGAACACCACUUUUAUUCAAGUCAACACCUGAAGGUGCUAAGGAAUUUCUAGUGCCCACCAGGAAAACGGGUUUUUUUUACGCAUUGCCACAAUCUCCGCAACAAUAUAAGCAGCUCCUAAUGGCUUCUGGAUUCAAGGGAUACUACCAGAUUGCCAAAUGCUUUAGAGAUGAGGAUUUGCGAGCUGAUAGACAGCCCGAAUUCACUCAAAUUGAUAUGGAAAUGUCAUUUGCCAAAAGUGAGGACAUACAAAACGUCGUUCAAAAGCUUGUCUCGAAAAUUUGGAGAAAGGUAAAAGAAGUACCACUUUACCGGGUUGAUUGGGAAACCGGAAAACUUGUGGAGUUGAAAGAUUGCGAAACGUUUCCUAAAUUGGACUAUGAGACUGCGUUGAGUAAAUUUGGAAUCGAUAAACCUGACUUGAGAUCAACUAUAACUAUCAAGGAAGUGAGUCAAUUUUUUGCUUCUGUGUUGAAAGAAGAUUCUUUUGGUGUCCUUGAGGGUUGUGUUUUGAAAGGUGGCUUGAAUGCUGCUAAGAAAUUGCCAAAACAAUUGUUUGAUGUUGCUGAAUAUAAGGACAGAAAGCCCUACAUCUUCAAAAUAAAGAAUGCUGAGGAAUUGGGUUCUUGGAUUUCCAAAAUACCCGUCAAACUCAAAGAUGGUACGUCACCUUCCGAGUUGAAUACUUAUUUGGGCCUCGAUGUUGGCGAUAUUGUUGCGAUUGGAGACCGUGCUUGCCUAACGUACGAAAACCCAACUCCGUUGGGGAGAUUUCGUCAGCUUGCUAUUCAGUACUUCCCAACCCACUGGAGAAGGGAGAUUUCUGAAGGCUCUACUCCCCAAAAGCUUGAAGACAUUUUUGUUGUUUCAUGGCUAGUUGAUUUCCCGUUGUUCAGCCCCAUAGAACUGGAGUCCAAGAAUGGGUACCCUGCUUAUGAUCGCACGAAAUACGAGUCAACGCAUCAUCCAUUUACAAUGGCCAAGUUGGACGACUACGAGUACCUUGCAACCGAGCCAUUGAGAGUCAAGGGAGACCAUUAUGAUCUUGUCAUAAACGGCGUCGAAGUAGGAGGAGGCUCAAGAAGGGUCCACGACGCAGAACUACAGAAAUACAUAUUUUCAGAAAUCCUUUGCAUCAAAAACCACAUGCAGCUUUUUGGCCAUCUAAUCCAUGCUUUGGACAGCGGGUGUCCACCGCAUGCUGGUUUAGCCAUCGGAUUCGAUCGUAUGUGCUCAAUGCUUGUCGGCUCUUCCAACAUUCGUGAUGUCGUUGCAUUUCCUAAGACACAGACCGGCUCCGAUCCCGUUGUCGAGUCUCCCAGCGAAGUCCCCACAAAGACUUUGAACAUAUACGGUAUUGAAGUCAAAGGGGCCAACUGA